UCGGUCGCUCAGCGCUAUGGGUUCAGAACUGGUCUCCAGGAAGGCCAUCAGUGGAAAGCCCAGCCUGGACCCCAUGAGCAACAGGAAGAAGAUGCAAUUGCUGCUGGUCCUGUUGGGGGUCCUCCUGGGAGCACCCUGGACUCCAGCUUUGUCCUUUGAGACCUCUGAGGAAAUGGAGUUGGAGCCCUGCCUGGCCCCCAGCCCGGAGCAGCCAGAACAGGAGCUGACGGUGGUCCUUGGGCAGCCUGUGCAGUUAUGCUGUGGGAAGGCUGAGCGUGGUGGCCACUGGUACAAAGAGGGCAGUCGCCUGGCACCUGCUGGCCGGGUACGAGGCUGGAGGGGCCGCUUGGAGAUCGCCAGCUUCCUACCCGAGGAUGUUGGGCACUACCUCUGCCUAGCACGAGGCUCCAUGUUUGUCCUGCACAAUGUCACCUUGGUUAUGGAUGACUCCUCGACCUCCAGCAAUGGUGAUGAGGAACACAAUGGCCCUUCAACUAGGCAUGUUUACCCACAGCAUGCACCCUACUGGACACACCCCCAGCGCAUGGAGAAGAAACUGCAUGCAGUGCCUGCUGGGAACACCGUCAAGUUCCGCUGUCCAGCGGCAGGAAACCCCACGCCCACCAUCCGCUGGCUCAAAGAUGGACAGGACUUUCAUGGGGAGCAUCGCAUUGGAGGCGUUCGGCUGCGCCAUCAGCACUGGAGCCUGGUGAUGGAAAGCGUGGUGCCCUCAGAUCGUGGCACAUACACCUGCCUUGUGGAGAAUCCGGUGGGCAGCAUCCGCUACAGCUAUCUGCUGGACGUGCUGGAGCGGUCCCCGCACCGGCCCAUCCUGCAGGCAGGGCUCCCGGCCAAUACCACAGCGGUAGUGGGCAGUGACGUGGAGCUGCUAUGCAAGGUGUACAGUGACGCCCAGCCUCACAUCCAGUGGCUGAAGCACAUUGUCAUCAACGGCAGCAACUUCGGUGCCGACGGCUUCCCUUAUGUGCAAGUCUUAAAGACAACAGACAUCAAUAGCUCAGAGGUGGAGGUCCUAUAUCUUCGUAACGUGUCGGCCGAGGACGCAGGCGAGUACACCUGUCUGGCAGGCAACUCCAUUGGCCUCUCCUACCAGUCGGCCUGGCUCACUGUGCUGCCAGAGGAGGACCUCACAUGGACAGCAACAGCGCCCGAUGCCAGGUACACAGACAUCAUCCUGUACGCGUCGGGCUCUCUGGUGUUAGUGGUGCUCCUGCUGCUGGCCGGCCUGUAUCGCCGACAGGUGCUGCACGGUCGGCACUCCCGGCAGCCCGCCACGGUGCAGAAGCUGUCCCGCUUCCCUCUGGCCCGACAGUUCUCCCUGGAGUCAGGCUCCUCAGCCAAGUCAAGCUUGUCCCUGGUGCGGGGCGUCCGUCUUUCCUCCAGCGGCCCCCCCUUGCUUGCUGGCCUCGUGAGCCUAGACCUCCCGCUGGACCCGCAGUGGGAGUUCCCCCGGGACAGGCUGGUGCUUGGGAAGCCCCUGGGCGAGGGCUGCUUUGGGCAGGUGGUGCGUGCAGAGGCCUUAGGCAUGGACCCGGCCCAGCCUGACCAAGCCAGCACCGUGGCCGUCAAGAUGCUCAAGGACAACGCCUCUGACAAGGACUUGGCAGAUCUGGUCUCUGAGAUGGAAGUGAUGAAGCUGAUCGGUCAACACAAAAAUAUUAUUAACCUGCUGGGUGUCUGCACCCAAGAAGGCCCCCUGUACGUGAUUGUGGAGUGUGCUGCCAAGGGAAACCUGCGGGAGUUCCUGCGGGCCCGGCGCCCCCCGGGCCCCGACCUCAGCCCCGAUGGGCCUCGGAGCAGUGAGGGGCCGCUCUCCUUCCCUGCCCUGGUCUCCUGUGCCUACCAGGUGGCCCGAGGCAUGCAGUACCUGGAGUCUCGAAAGUGCAUCCACCGAGACCUGGCUGCCCGUAACGUGCUGGUGACAGAGGACAAUGUGAUGAAGAUCGCUGACUUUGGACUGGCCCGAGGCGUCCACCACAUUGACUACUACAAGAAAACCAGCAACGGCCGCCUGCCUGUCAAGUGGAUGGCACCGGAGGCCUUGUUUGACCGAGUCUACACACACCAGAGUGAUGUGUGGUCAUUCGGGAUCCUGUUGUGGGAGAUCUUCACCCUUGGGGGCUCCCCAUACCCUGGCAUCCCCGUGGAGGAACUGUUCUCACUGCUGCGGGAGGGGCAUCGGAUGGACCGGCCCCCGAACUGCCCUCCAGAGCUGUAUGGGCUGAUGCGUGAGUGCUGGCAUGCGGCGCCCUCUCAGAGGCCCACUUUCAAGCAGCUGGUGGAGGCACUGGACAAGGUCCUGCUGGCCAUCUCUGAGGAGCACUGUUCCCCGCAGUACCUGGACCUCCGCCUGACCUUUGGACCCUACUCCCCAGCCGGUGGGGACGCCAGCAGCACCUGCUCCUCCAGUGACUCUGUCUUCAGCCAUGACCCCCUGCCCCUGGGGCCCAGUUCCUUCCCCUGUCCUGGGGUGCAGACUUGAGCAGGAGCAGGAGGUUGUGCAGGCAGGACAUCCAGCAGCCCUGGGCCUCCUGGCUCUGUUGCAGCCUGGUGGUGCUUGAUCUUGGCAGCCCCAGUCCAACUUCAGGGUCCUGUCCAAGGUCUCUGGUGUUGCUUUGGGGAGGUCUGUCCUUGAUCCUGGGGUCCCUAGUUGAGGCUUUCGGCUCUGGCCUUGGGUUCCCAACUCAGAGUUCAACCCUAGUCUCAAGGCCCAGCCCUUGCCCUGGGAGUCAUGGCCCGAGCCUGAAACAUAGGGCUCUAUUCUAAUAGCCUGAAUAGAGGGCUCUGCUUGGCAUCUGGGCCUUGACACUUGAGCCUGAUUUCAGGGGUUUGGCUGA